GUUUAUCAUCAUAUAAUGGCGUAGUAGCGCGGUACACAACCAGGGGUUGACUGAUCCCUGUGGUCGGGGGGCGGGAGGGCUCUAUCGCUUUAAUCAUAGAAGAGAGCUUUAAAUCUUUAAUCUCUUUCCUAUGACUAUCGGGUAUCGGCGAGAUGUCUGGGUAUCGCUAAGAUCUAGUCGUUGUCUGUACGCAAUAUAACAUAAUAUUUUACCGUAGGUAUUUACCUAUCGAGUUCUCCGUGUUGUGACUGGUUUUUGUGUUUCGGUACCUGAUCACGGUACUUUGCAUAAAGUCUCAAUUCCCCGUGAUGUGAUGCUUGUAACCCGCCGUUAGCAUCAUUCACCAAUGCGAUUGUCGUUUUUUAAACCGUUUUCAAAACGUAUCGAAAUGUUGAUGUAAAUUAUUGCUCAUUCGACAGCCAUGAAGAACUGUUUUAUUUUGUUCAUAGCAAUACUAGGUCAUCAGUCAGGUAAUGUCAAGACCGAGUGCAUAGACAACAACGGCCGAACUGUUCAGGAGGGAAAGACGUACAUACCCGGCCCGGAUAUCUGCACCCGGUGUGUGUGUGACAAUUCUGUAGCUAAAUGGUGUCACCCUGUGCUUUGUACAGCUCCACAGGAUUGCAAGUCUUAUACAACUGUUGGAAAUAUAUGCUGUGAAUUCAAUUGUUUAGACGAAACUCUCAAAGGCGAUAAUAUUAAUGCCAGAUCAAUUGCCAGCACAGUAACAGCAUUUUUAUUUUUCAUAUUAAUUGUUUUCCUCAUCAAUCGAUUACAUAAAAGAAAUAUAAUGUCAAAUGGAGAAGUAUUUACUGAUCCAAAUUCACUUCAAAUGGGCGAAGGUGUACGUGGAAUUGGAUUCAUUAGUGGCUACAUGAAUUUACCUAGGCCUGAUUUAUAUUAUGGUGAUCAUGCAACUCUUCAUAUACCCUUAUGGAAGACAUACUAUCCACGUGGUGAUGCACCCCCUCCAUAUGAUGAAGCUAUUGCAUUGCCUCACCAAAUAGUACCCCAACAGUUAAAUGCGUUAGUAGAUGAAGUGACAGCUUACCAUAGAACUAUACCAUUUAACAUGACUGAAAUUGAACAAAAUGAUCAGCCGCAGGCCUCUUGUAACCCAGAGACUGAACCAACUACCAACCAGCAAUUUUUAGAAGACAAUCAAAUGGAUAAUGAUUUAUAUCAAUGCCAUGAUAAAAUACCUACAAUUUCUAAUGAUGAUUUUCGAGAAGAAUGUGAAAAUUGCAAGCAUGAUCAAGAACUUGCUGAAGGGUAUGAUGAUAUUUUCCCUGAACCAGAAACAAUGACGCUAGAACGAAGACCACAAUUAUUAACUCAUGAACAUGCUGCAGUUGGUAUUGAAUCACGUUCAUCAAUGACCUUACCCGACAAUGGAAGACUGCGAAGGCCUCAUGUUGGUAACUUGAAAGACAAAUACAGAGACGGGUGGUUUAAAGAAACUAGUUUAAAAGAAAAUUCAACUUCUGAUGAUGAUCAGCCAUAACAGAAAAGGAUCUUCAUUGAUUGGUAUCCAACCAUGUUUAUUGCUAAUUUAAUUUGCCCAGAAUGCUUUACUGGAAACCCAUAAACUCAGACCUGAGUUUGAUAGGUUUUAUGUAGAUUAGUAUUUAUAAAAUAUUCAACUCGAUUUCUCUUUGUAUACCUAUUGAAUUUUUUAUACUCUUGAAAAAGUGUACCUAGUUAUAAGUAAAUACAUUUUUAUUGUUAAAUAUAUUUAUUACAUUUACUAAUCUAAGUAUUAUAUAUAUUAUUUUUUUUAGAUUAAGAGGAUUAAUUCCUCUAUCUAUUCCAUUAAAUAUAAAAAUGUUUUAGUUAAAAAAUAUUUAUGAGUUUUUAGUUAUUACUAGGCUUUGGGAAUAAUAGCUUCUAAAUUCUAAUACAUUAAUUUUUAUUUGGAUUGUUGAAAGAAUAGAGGGGUCAAAUAAAAAUCCUAUUUCAGAUAGACUGGAUCAAAAUCCAAAAUUGUAUUUUGCAUAUCUUAAAGUUUUUGCUUAUUAUACCAUAUUUAGUAAUUACCCACUACAUAAUUUUUUAGAACCUUUUUUUAACUAUUUUGAAAAAAAAACAAAAAUUUGUUCUUAAAAAUGAAUUAAUACAUUGCGUAAGUAUAUAAUGAUUUUCCACUCAAUAUUAUAUAUUAUGCUCCUCACCUCUGAAAUAUUUCUUUAUAUUAUACUUAUGUAUGAUUUUAUUGUUAUUACACAUAACAGGACAUUGGCAUUGAAGCAAUAUAUCUGUACAAAACGAGAAAAAUGUAUAAUACAAAAUAAACAUAAAUUAUAAAUUCCAAUAAUUCUGUCAUACAUUUUUUUUUUUUUUUGAGUGCAUAGUAUAAAAUAUUUUUUUAAUGUAUAUCUACAUGAAUAUUUGUGAGUUUUUUUAGAGCUAUCAGUUCCUAAGCCUAGUUUUUAUGUUUGUUUAAAGCGUUUUUCUUUAUUCUGUAAAUGUAUUUUAUGUAAGUAAUGUAAUUUUAAUUUUCAAAUAUUUAUGUUUAGUAAAGACUUAAGCUUAAACCAAAGUACUGGAAAUAAACAUGUGUUGUAAUUCAA